CGCCCGGCCGGCAGUCGCCCGGGUGACGGUCGGCGGAGUCCGUGGGCUCGCGCCCCGCCCCCGGCCCGCCGCCCCCUCCCCGCGGCUCCGCCGGUGUCCUCGCUCCUCCCGAGCUGCCGCCCCGGCCGCCGCUCCCGCUCCCCGGCUCCCCGGCGUGCGCUCCCCGACCGCCGCCAGCGGCCGCCGCCGCCUCCGCGGUCCGCACGGGGAGGAGGAGGAGGAGGAUGUGAAGAUGGCGGAGCUGCAGAUGCUGCUGGAGGAGGAAAUCCCGGGGGGCCGCCGGGCCCUCUUCGACAGCUACACGAACCUGGAGCGGGUGGCCGACUACUGCGAGAACAACUACAUCCAGUCAGCAGAUAAGCAGCGAGCCCUAGAAGAAACCAAAGCCUACACCACCCAGUCCUUAGCGAGUGUUGCCUAUCUGAUAAAUACCUUGGCCAACAAUGUCCUGCAGAUGCUGGAUAUCCAGGCAUCCCAGCUACGGAGGAUGGAAUCGUCAAUCAAUCAUAUUUCACAAACUGUUGAUAUUCAUAAAGAGAAAGUUGCAAGAAGAGAAAUUGGUAUUUUGACUACCAAUAAAAACACUUCAAGGACACAUAAGAUUAUUGCUCCAGCCAAUCUUGAAAGACCAGUUCGUUAUAUUAGAAAACCUAUCGAUUAUACAAUUCUAGAUGAUAUUGGACAUGGAGUAAAGUGGUUGCUUAGAUUUAAGGUGAGCACCCAGAACAUGAAGAUGGGUGGGCUGCCACGCACAACGCCUCCCACACAGAAGCCCCCCAGCCCCCCUCUGUCAGGGAAAGGGACGCUUGGGCGGCACUCCCCCUACCGCACACUGGAGCCCGUGCGUCCUCCAGUGGUUCCCAAUGAUUACGUUCCCAGCCCAACCCGUAAUAUGGCCCCCUCGCAGCAGAGCCCUGUGAGGACAGCUUCUGUGAAUCAGAGAAACCGAACCUACAGCAGCAGCGGCAGCAGCGGAGGCAGCCACCCCAGCAGCCGCAGCAGCAGCCGGGAGAACAGCGGCAGCGGCAGCGUGGGCGUGCCCAUCGCCGUGCCCACGCCCUCCCCGCCCAGCGUCUUCCCAGCCCCUGCUGGCUCUGCUGGUACUCCUCCCCUUCCUGCCACUUCCGCCUCCGCCCCCGCCCCUAGUGCUCCUGCUCCUGUCCCCUCCGCUGCCCCAGAGGCCGCUUCUGGGGGCGCCCAGGCCCUUGCUGAUGGCUUCGCUUCUCCAACUCCCCCCGUUUCUUCUGCUCCCCCUACAGGUCAUCCCGUCCAGUUCUACAGCAUGAACAGACCCGUCUCCCGCCACACGCCCCCGACGGUAGGCGGCUCGCUGCCCUAUCGCCGUCCCCCGUCCAUCACCGCACAAACGAGCCUUCAGACGCAGAUGAACGGAGGCCCUUUCUACAGCCAGAAUCCAGUAUCUCUUGCUCCUCCUCCUCCCUCCAUCCUACAGGUAACUCCUCAGUUACCUUUAAUGGGAUUUGUGGCCAGAGUCCAAGAAAAUAUUUCAGACACACCGCCCCCACCACCGCCUGCGGAAGAGCCAGUCUUUGAUGAGUCGCCCCCGCCGCCCCCUCCUCCAGAAGAUUACGAGGAGGAGGAGGCCGCCGUGGUGGAGUACAGUGAUCCUUACGCCGAGGAGGACCCGCCCUGGGCCCCGCGCUCUUACUUGGAGAAGGUUGUGGCCAUUUAUGAUUAUACAAAAGACAAGGAAGACGAGCUGUCUUUUCAGGAAGGAGCCAUUAUUUAUGUCAUCAAGAAGAACGACGACGGCUGGUACGAGGGAGUGAUGAACGGAGUGACGGGGCUCUUCCCUGGGAACUAUGUGGAGUCCAUCAUGCACUAUUCCGAGUGAGCUCGCCGGCCGGGGUGUCCCUUCCCGCCCCGCGGACUUCAGCCCUCCCGGGCCGGCACUCUCCCAGUGAAGCGAAUGAAGGACACAAACGGUAACUACGUAUGUAUUGGGUUUCCCCCCCGGUUUAUCCCCCAGUAUUAAAACAAAAAAGCAACCUAAUUGUGAACAAAUGGAUCUUUCUGUCAUCAUUUGUACUAUGCUGAGCGGUCUGGAUUGAAAUAAAGUGACCCUUUCUGAAUAUGUAGAGGAAUAACAGCAUAACUGUAAAACGAAUCUGGUUAAGACUGAUUCAGAGCAAAAUCUGGGAUCUUUCUCAGGAAUACUGUACCUGUGGCACUGGCUGUUCUUCAGUGCCUGUGCCAGAGGGUUAGCCCUGUGGCCUACUGCGUACCCCACUUCCUUCCACCCGUCUUGAGGAGGGAACCGAUGUUUGAGUACCGUACUGAACCAUUUUUAGUUGUUUCUGAUGGCUCAUUUCCUCGCACAGGUAAAUUGUCCUCUCUCAGUACUUGCGAAUACCAGUGAAUGCUGAACUGACUUGCAUCCCUUUGUUUCUCAAUCUGUAGAUGAUGAUAGAAUGAGUCUCCCAGCAUUCUGAGGGUGGUUGGCGGUGGCCAGUGUGACUGAAUGUGCUGCUGCAGCAUGAGACUGGUGGCCCCGAGGGCCAGGACACCAAUGAGCGUAGUGGCCCGGCUCACGUGCGGAAGCAGGUGUGCGAUGCUGGCCGUGAAGGCGCUUAGGGCUCUGAGGAGGUUGGACUAUAGAAAUGUGCUGCCCAGCAGGAUCCUAAGGCUUUGCCUUGGGCCCUGGUUUGAGAAGCAGGAUUUUGGAAGUUAGACCAACUAUUUACUUUCACUAUUGAGAAAAACUUUCUUUUUGAGGAAACUAGCAGUUGUUUUCAAAUUUCUUGAUAGUCACUGGGAAUAAAAGGCUUGCUGCUGUAAUCCUGGAGUGAUGUUAAUGGCCAGUGUUAGCUGCUGCCGAGUUGUUGACUCACUUGACCUAGAAAAGGGAAAUACUCUCUUGGUUUUGUGGUUGGCCUUGGAAGUAGCUUCCUUUGGUGAGAAUUUGAACCUUGUUUCUCAGACUAAGAAUAGUGGGGUAAGACCAAAUAUUUAUCCCCUUACAUAGAUUAAAAACUGAUAGGACUUUGCAAUAAAGCCCUUUUUUUAUAGCUACAAGUUCAGUGGAGUCAGUAAGAUGGCUUGAAUCCUUUCGGUAAUCAGUAUAAGAAGUGUUUACAAAACCCAGGAGGGCUUUGCUGCUCACAGGUGAAACUCGGUGAUGAACCAGCAAUGGUUAGGCCCCCAGUCAUGGCUCUUCCCAGGCCCAGUGACUUGGCCAGAGAGCUUUGCCAGGCGACUUCCCUGUGUGGGUUCAAAGGGGAGAGGUACUAGCUACAUAUACAGUUGACCCUUGAACAACAUGGGUUUGAACUGUACAAGUGGAUUUUUUCAAGAAAUAUACAGUCAGCCCUCCAUAUCCCUGGAUUUUGUAUCUGCAUUUUCAACCAGUUAAGAUUGAUAAUAGUAUUUUCAACCUGCAGUUGGGAACCACAGAUGUGGAGAACCAGCUGUGUGCAUUGUUUUAGAUCAUUUUGUGUAAGCGACUUCAGCAUCCAAGGAUUUUGGUGUGUGUGUGUGUUCUGGAUUCGAUCCCCCACAGAUAAAGAAGGCUGACGGUAGUAGUUAAGUUGUGGGGAGUCACUAUAGGUGGAUUUUCAAUUGCCUGGGUCUCAGGGUCAACUUGUGUUUCACACGUAAGCCUUGAACAUGAACUAGUGCAGAUAGAGGACGUGAUUGAAAUGGACGUACCUGGUGGCAGUGUGUGAGGGAAUUCAGACGGUGCAGGGGGAACAUUCCAGUCGUGAGUCUAUCAGGGCACAAAACUUCGCCAUUUGACUGAGACCCAGAUACAGUUCCAUUGUCAAGACUUUUCGUUGUAAAGUUGAAGACCCCUCCCCACACCCCUCACAUAUUGCAAGUCAGCCAUUUUGCUUUUAGCUCUCUUUAACUUUAAAUUUGACUUUGCCUCCAUGUUUUCGUGAGAUCAUCCCAAUACCCUUUUUAUCCUGUUUUCCUUUGAAAUAAUGGCCUUGAGUGUCCUCUGAGCUGUCGGCUUCGUUAUGAACCCAAACUAGACUACUUGGACAGGUUAGCUCUUCUUGGUGUAUAACUAGGAAAACGUUUACAAUGGUAUGCUCCAAUUAUUUAUUUAAAUACCUUUUUUGCUGAGAAAGCUUAGGGUUUAAUAAGAAGAUAUUUGAAAUCCAGAAAGUAGUUCCGUACCGCACACCGAUGGCAGACAACUGCGCAUCCAGAGUUGGCAGCAGCGGCUUACCUGUCGGACUGUUGCUGUUGGCAGACGACACUGGUGGUGCCGGCCUGAGCAGGGGAACCACAGGUCAGCUGACCUCUCUCUGUAUUAUUUAGUACUAAUGUGUGAUUUCAAACUAUGUUUGAUUUUCUGCAUACUUUAAAUUUUUGUACAGUUUUGAACUCUAUAUAUUGUCUUAGAAGGAUAUUAAGUAACAAUGGGCCAGGCCUAUAGUAAUGGGAGCCUUUAAAGUAUGUGACAUUUUAUAGAUUGCAUGCUGUUAAGUCUGUGAGGAUAGUAUUUCUUGUUUUGUCAGUUUUCCCAUUUAUCUUUUUAUAAGUGAGAUGAGAUAGUGGGCAGUAGGAAUUCCAAAUGAACGUAGAAAUCUCACAUGCUACAUAAUAUUGUGGCAAAGGGGAUCCAAGACUAAAUCUGCUGACAAGCAAGCAACCUUAUUAUCAGGAUAUAAUCUAACUGGAAUUUUUUUCCUUUUUGACUUGCUGUCCAAUCUCUAUUUCCUUAAAA